UGUCUGUGUGUGAUGGACUAUACCGUAAAACCUAACCUUCGGCAAAAACGAAGAAGAAAUUUUCGCUCCAGUCUAAGCAAGGUGACUCCUUCUAAGCUCUCUCUCUUUUCUUCAUAUCAGCUAUUAGAUGUUGUUUGGUUUAGUUUUUCCUUCUACCAAGCAAUAAUUCUGAAAAAAAAAAAAAAAAUUGGGUAUUUUUUUAGGGAUUUAGAAAUGUCAUCAAUUGCUUCUUCCGAUUCUACUUCUUCUCAAGUUGAUUUUCAAGCACCAGCUUUCAAAAUUUAUAGAAACUUCAAAGACCAGUGCGAAGACGAUUGGGAUGGCGACGUAUAUCCAAAUCAAACACUACAUGCCCGUGAAAUUGAUGGUGAACCAGCUCCACCUUAUAUUGUUGUCGUUCAAGGACCUCCCAAUGUUGGAAAGUCUUUGCUGAUUAAAUCUUUAGUAAAUUACUUUACUAAUGUGGAAGAACAUAAUAUGGAUGAUAUCAGAGGCCCUAUCACCAUCAGAACAGGUGACAAAAGAAGAAGGCUACAGUUUGUCGAAUGCGCUGAUGAUAUUAAUGUCAUGGUCGAUGCUGAAAAGUAUGCUGAUCUAGUAUUGUUACUGGUGGAUGCGAGUUAUGGGUUUGAAGCGGAAACAUUUGAGUUUCUUAACCUUUUACAAGCACACGGCUUUUCAAAUGUAAUGGGUGUUCUUACACAUCUUGACGAGUUCAAGGAUGAAACAGAUUCGAGGGAAACUAUAGUGCGUCUCCAGGAUCAAUUCUGGACUGAAAUAUGUCAAGGAGCAACAGUAUCAUACCUAUCUGGUCUUGAACAUGACUUGUACAAAAGGUGCGAAGUACAGCAACUAGCAAAAGACAUAUUGAUGCCCCAGUUCAUUCUCUCGUCAUGGCGAGCGGCACAUCCUUAUGUGCUGGUGCAUAUUGCUGGUGUAGGUGAUUUUCAUUUAGCCGGUGUUAGAAGCAUAACUAAUCCUGUCCCUUCAUUGUCCGAGAUGGAAAAGGAAAGUGAUCUUGUUGAGCUAAACCACAUGGAGAAUGAGAGUUUCAGAACAGGGACCUAUCUAAGGUUGGAGGUUCAUAGCGUUCCUUCCAGGCUGGUUGAAAAUCUUGAUCCUUGCCGUCCGAUUCUUGUUGGAGGUAUCAGUCCUGAAGAGGAAAAUGUUGGUCAUAUGCAGGCGAGACUUAAGCGACAUAAAUGGCAUAUGAAACUGUUAAAGUCAGCAGACCCAGUGAUCGUGUCAGCUGGUUGGAGACGUUACCAGACACGACCUAUUUAUGCCAGCGACAAUGCACGGCAUACAGUUCUCGAUUUCAUCUCGAACAUGAGCCCUGUCUUGCGAUGUUUUGUGGCCCUGUUGCACCUCCCCAUACCAGAAUUGCUGUUGUGCAGAACAAUAAGGACGUGUUUCGAAUAGUAGCAAAGGCAGUCAUUCUUGACCCUAAGCAUCAACAAGAACAAGAACAACAAGAAGAAGAACAACAACCAAGCCCUGACACUAAGCAUCACUUGAAGAUAAUGAAGGACAGGAAGCAGAAAACAGA